UGUGCCUGCAGCUGAUUUGUCCUCACUGUGCUGACCUGUUAUACCUCUCCAUGGGAAGCUCAUAAAACCCAGUACAAAUUGCUUGGUUCUCCUUGAUGUCACGCAGACACACACACACACACACACACACACACCAUGCAAAUAAAUGCUAUGUCCACACAGAAUCAUAAACCAUAUACAGCACAUCACUGUGUUUAUGGGCUGGUGUCUCUGCUAGCUUGCCAUAUGGUGAAGCCAAUUAGCCUCGGUCUCUGGGUGAGACAAAUUUUGAUUUGAAUUGGCUCACAUCGCAGAGGCUUAGUAAAUGAGUCACAUGUAUCACUAUGGGGAUGCAAAGGAACAAUGUCACGUGCGCAUACACACACACACACACACACACACACCUACACUGGCACUGGGCUAUAACUCGUAUGUAUCUUAUUCCCUCUUUGCACUUCUCAGGCCUGUCGGUUCAGCCAAGUUGGAAACAAGAGGAGGAAUUCCACUUUCAUUCCAUAUUCCUUUCUCCCCUCUCCCUAAUUCUGCUCUGACUCCCCCACCCCCACCCCCCACCCCCCUUCAGUCCCUUUCUGCUGUAAAUUUUCCUCCCUGCAAGUUUGCUAUUGAAUCAUAAAUCAUAAAUUCCCUUCCUGUACCUCUCUGUAGCUCUCUCCCUCUCUUUUCUCUUGCACAAUGGCCCAGACUUUAUGUCAGAGGGCAGUCAUGUUUAAUGUGUGUGUGUGUGUGUGUGUGUGUGUGUGUGUGUGUGUGUGUGUGUGUGUGUGUGUGUGUGUGUAUUAUCUUCCGCCCCAGCCUUUCCUGUGGCCCUGGGUCCCCACCCCUGACUGUGCCGAGUUUGGGAAGAGUUUUGUGCUCCAGCCAGGGGGAGGUGGAGGAACACGGCAGCGUAACGUUGUUGCAGCAAAAAAAAAAGGGACCGUGGCUCCUGUAAAGAUGGCUGACGUAGAGCAGCCAGACUCCAACAGCCUGCAGAUACCGGGUGAUAAUUUAUCAGUGCCGUCUUCUCCGGCCACAGCUAGAAAUGACUGCAGCAUCGCCCCCCUCACACCCUCUCCCUCGCCGAGGGUGGAGCUCAGGCCCAAGAUGGCAUGUCCCUUCUUGGUUGUCGUGGCGAUAGACUUUGGGACAACCUCCAGCGGCUACGCUUUCAGCUUCACACAGGACCCAGAGGCCAUACACAUGAUGAAGCGCUGGGAGGGCGGGGACCCGGGUGUGGCCAAUCAGAAGAGCCCUACAUGUCUGCUGCUGACUCCUGAGCUGCGGUUCCACAGUUUUGGGUUUGCGGCCCGGGACAGUUACCACGACCUGGACCCAGAGGAGGCGCAGCACUGGCUCUACUUCGACAAGUUCAAGAUGAAGAUCCACAGCGCCAGUGACCUCACCAUGGAGACGGAGCUGGAGGCGGUCAACGGCCAGAGGGUCAGGGCCAUCGAGGUGUUCGCCCAUGCCCUGCACUUCUUCAGGGAGCACGCGCUCAAGGAGGUGAAGGACCAGUCGUCGUCGGUGCUGGAGGGGGAGGAGAUCAGAUGGGUGAUCACUGUCCCUGCCGUCUGGAGACAACCCGCCAAGCAGUUCAUGAGAGAGGCCGCGUACCUGGCCGGUCUCGUGUCUCCAGAUUGUCCCGAGCAGCUCCUCAUCGCUCUCGAGCCAGAAGCUGCCUCUAUUUACUGCCGCAAGCUCCGCCUCCACCAGGUGAUUGACCUCAGCCUGCGGCCAGUGACGAAUGGCCUGGAUUCUGACGGCUCCCGCCCCUUUGACUCCAGCUUCAGACAAGCGCGGGAGCAGCUGAGACGAUCCAGACACAGCAGGACCUUCCUGGUAGAGAGUGGGACCGGCGAGUUGUGGUCAGAGAUGCAGACCGGUGACAGGUACAUUGUGGCAGACUGUGGAGGAGGAACAGUGGAUCUGACUGUCCAUCAGAUAGAGCAGCCACAGGGAACACUGAAGGAGCUCUACAAGGCUUCAGGCGGUCCCUAUGGUGCCGUGGGUGUGGACCUGGCCUUUGAAGCCAUGCUGUGCCAGAUCUUCGGCGAGGACUUCAUCCAGAGCUUCAAGGCCAAGCGCCCGGCGGCCUGGGUGGACCUCACCAUCGCCUUCGAGGCCCGCAAGAGGACGGCCACGCCGGGCAGAGCCAACGCCCUCAACAUCUCCCUGCCCUUCUCCUUCAUCGACUACUACAAGAGACACAGGGGGCAGAGCGUGGAGACCGCGCUGAGGAGGAGCAAUAUGAACAUAGUGAAGUGGUCGUCCCAGGGAAUGUUGCGGUUGACUCAGGAGGCCAUGAACGAGCUCUUCCAGCCCACAAUCAGCAACAUUGUCAAGCACAUCGAGGAGCUGAUGGCGAAGCCGGAGGUGCGCGGCGUGCGUUUCCUCUUCCUGGUCGGGGGUUUCGCCGAGUCGCCCAUGCUGCAGAGAGCAGUCCAGAAUGCACUGGGGCGGACGUGCCGCAUCAUCAUCCCCCAGGACGUCGGUCUGACCAUCCUGAAGGGAGCGGUGCUUUUCGGGCUGGAUCCCACAGUGGUUCGAGUCCGUCGAUGCCCCCUCACCUACGGCGUAGGCGUUCUGAAUCGCUUCGUUGAGGGACGCCAUCCACACAACAAACUCCUCAUCAAAGAUGGCCGCGAAUGGUGCACCGACAUCCUCGACCGCUUCGUCUCCGUUGACCAAUCAGUGGCGCUUGGUGAGGUCGUGAGGCGGAGCUACACGCCAGCUCGUCUUGGCCAGCGGAAAAUCAUCAUCAAUAUCUACUGCAGCGCAACGGAUGACGUCACAUACAUCUCUGACCCUGGAGUCAGGAAGUGCGGGACGAUAACCCUGGACCUACCAGAACCUUUACCGGUACCGGGAGCAGUGGGAGGAGCAGGAGGAGUGGAGAGGAGGGAGAUCAGAGCGACCAUGCAGUUUGGAGAUACAGAGAUCAAAGUCAUGGCCGUAGACGUCAUGUCCAACCGGUCCGUUCGAGCUUCCAUAGACUUCCUGUCCAACUGAGGUGGAAGCGGACAUAAGCAUUAAUCAAACAGAACGAUCUGAUUCCGGGGAUGUGCUCAGAACGACAUUGAAAAUUGAUAUAAGGGAAAAAGGCCCUAGAUCUUUUUGUCAAGAAUGGGAGCUUUGUAUUUUCAAAGGGAAUUCCUUCCCUAGGACAGUUCACUUCCUGGAAUUCAGAUGUUUUUGCAUUUACUCUUUGGCAGGGUAGAAUAAGAACAUGAUAGGAACAUUUUUUUCCCAACUCUCUUGAUGUCUUCAAACAUGCAUAUUCCUCAGAAGUUCAAACUCUAUCAGUGUAACCUUAACCACUUGAACAAGCAGGGUGUCCUCGCUCCAAUCCCUGUAACAGAACAAGUCACUUCACCACAAGAGAGAGUUUAUCACACGAUUGGUGUCAGUGGAGUUCGUCACGUCAUACCAUCUAUAUGCUGUCAGAAGCUUUCCCUGCCAAGAAAAUAUUAAGAACUUAAAAAUACUCUGAUGAACUCCGUGAACCCUAAUGCAAAUUGGAAACAGGAUUCAAAUCUUUCAUGCGAACCGAGCCCUCUAGCAACUAUCCCAGCCAAGGGGUAUUUACACUUCAGAGUCUCCGGUUUGUCUCGAACACGUAACCUUUAAGAGAUUCCACACAUAAAUACACCACUUAGACUGAGAAUCUCUCAUGUUCUGUGCUGUGAUUAAAUCCAUUAUCCCAAAGAUCUGGGUUGAUACUUCAUUUUAAAUCCUAUCUCACCAUGCAUUCAUGACGUGUUGUUACUACCACCUGUGCAGCAGCUAGUGUUUCUCUGGUUUCUGUUCAUCUAAGUACGGUUACGAUUCAGCUCCACCUAGUGGCUUAAAGACUGAACUACCAGCUGAACAAGCUUCUGGAAAUAUAAACUCUCUGUGGAUACCUCUAAAGUCUUAACCCAGUAUGGCUCUGGCGUGAAAUAGCAUCAGAAAGAAAUCAGUGCAUAAUUUGCUCAAUGUUUCUCUUACACAUUUCUAGGUUUGUGUUUAGGGUUAGAGUUAGGUUGGGUGGGGUAUACCAAAUCUAGAUAGCACAGAAAUCUACAAAGAAAGCCACCCCAUAAAACAGAGUGAACUACUUUUGAAUGUCUUCCCAUUUGUCCAAAUUAUCUACCAGCUGACACAGUAUAAGUCUAGGUUCAAUCGUAAAAUCACUUGCAAUCAAUAUUUUAACCCGAUUUGGUUACCUUAUUUAAACCUUUUCAGGAAUAAUAUGUACAGUAUGUUUUGAAGUACAGUUAUGAAAGCAGCUAUCUUUGAUCUCACAUCAACUAACAGUGUAUGAUGUAACAUUAAAGUAUGUUCAUGUUGUAUGUAAGAGUUGAAAAGCUUGACUUAAAAUUUCAAUAUUUACACCUUGGUAUUUUUGACUACACAAAUCUGAGCAGGACUGGAGUGAUGUCCUGCUAGUUGAGCAUGAAUGUCAAGCUCUGAUGUCCAGCUGUUGUAAAUGUAGUAAAUAGUCUAUCUUGUCAUAGAAAACUUAUUUUAGACAGAAAAACUCAAUGUAUCACUCUCUAGCCUAGUUCACGGUUAUGUAUGCUGUAAUAUACUGUAUCCAUGUUUCUGUCUAAAGCUGCCAACCAUUGUACCAUAUUAAAGUUGCACUUUGCUGACAUA